UUGGAAACAGUGAAGCAGAAAGUUUCUCACCCCUCGAUUUAACGGAUUUUUCAAAUUCAAAAUAACAGGCGUUGAAAUAAAGUUUUGAAAUUUUCUCAAUUUACAAUUUAAUUAAAUUCACUAAGAAUCGUAUAUUUUAAUCAGUUUAAAUAUGUCAGAAGUAGCCAUUAAGGUUGCUGUGCGUGUUCGACCUUUCAAUCGACGUGAAUUGGAACAAAAUCAGAGAUCAAUAAUUCGAGUUUUGGACAAUCAGUCGCUAAUAUUUGAUCCAGAUGAAGAUGAGGAUGAGUUUUUCUUUCACGGAACUAAGCAAACUCACCGAGACAUUACGAAAAGAGUCAAAAAGAAGCUCACAAUGGAUUUUGAUUCAGUCUUUAACGAAGAUUCCGUUAAUCAAGAUAUAUUUGAGAAUUGCAUGAAGCCACUAGUUUGUUCAGUUAUGGGUGGAUAUAAUUGUUCAGUUUUCGUUUAUGGUGCCACCGGUGCUGGAAAGACUUAUACAAUGCUUGGCAGUGACGAAAUUGCAGGAAUAACUUUUUUGACAAUGCAAGAACUCUUCAGACAAAUUAAUGAGUAUAGUGAGGAACGACGAUUUGAUAUUGGAAUAUCAUAUUUAGAAGUUUAUAAUGAAAAUGUCAUGAAUUUAUUGACUAAAACCGGUCCGUUAAAGCUACGCGAAGAUGCAAAUGGUGUUGUUGUUAGUGGACUUGUACUUAAACAAAUUCAUAGUGCUGAAGAGUUGAUUGAAUUACUGCAUUUAGGUAAUCGUAAUCGAACACAACAUCCUACAGAUGCAAAUGCUGAAAGUUCACGUUCUCAUGCAAUUUUCCAAGUCCAUAUUCGUAUGGUUGAUAAGAAAACAAGCCAGAAGAGAACUGUAAAGUUAUCAAUGAUUGAUUUAGCAGGCAGUGAACGUGCUCAAAGUACGAAAUGUAAAGGAUUAAGAUUCAAGGAAGGUGCUAAUAUCAAUAAAUCAUUAUUAGCUUUGGGAAACUGCAUUAAUAAAUUAGCUGACGGAUGUAAACAUAUUCCAUAUCGUGACUCGAAUCUAACGCGUAUCCUUAAAGAUAGCUUGGGUGGAAAUUGUCAGACUUUAAUGAUUGCUAAUGUUUCUCCAUCUUCAAUGACAUUUGAGGACACGUACAAUACAUUAAAAUAUGCAAGUCGUGCUAAAAAGAUCCGUACUACAUGCAAACAGAAUGUUAUGACUACAAACAUGCCUAAAGAGUUCCUUUUAAAGAAAUGCAAUGAUCAGCAAGCUGAAUUAGAGAAAUUAAAGGCAGAGCUUGAAAAGUAUAAAGAACGCACUAAGAUGCUCGAGACUCAAAUUAUGGAUAAUAAUACAGUUGUAAGCAUGAUAAAGGAAUCGAAUGAAGGAACAAAUGACAGGAUGAAUUCAAUUGACUUGACGAAAUGGCACGCAAAGAUUGACACAAUUUAUUCAGAAUUCAGAAAAGUACGGGAAAGGUGCUACAAGCUACAGUCCACUGAAAAGUUCCUUAAUUUACGAAUCAAGUUUAAGGAACAGUAUGAGUUGGUGAAGAAGAUUAUAAAGUUGGAUGGUGCAUGCCUAGAUAUGGAUCUCUCAAAAUUAGACAAGACGAUCGAUAAGUUUACUAAGGAGAUAGCAAGAAAGAAUGAAGACUUGACAAAAUGGACAAAACGUUUCUCAGACAUCAUGAGAGCAUUAGAAUGCUUAAAAGCUGAAAUACGAGAAGAAAAUCUAUACAAUGAAUUGGAGAUGUAUUUAAAGAAGAAGCAUACAGAAGCAGAGAAUGCAAAAUUAGUCAUGAAAAUUGAUCACAUGAAUAAAGUAAAUAAUGAAUAUAAAAUUGAGACGGAAAAUCUUACAAAUAUCAUCACGAAGGCAUGUGAGGUCAUUCAAGAGAAUUAUCUUCUGUUACGUUCGAUGGGUGAACUUGAUAAUGCGACACUCGAUAAGUUCCAAAAGAUUGUGAAAUUGUUACAAGGUCAGCGAUCUGUGAAAUUCGCUGAAGAUGACAUCACACUCAAUCAUAUAGGAACAGAAGAUAAUUUGACAUUCCAGCACUUGGACAUAUCACAUUGCAAUGAAAAUCAUCUUCAGAGUCCAUCGGUUAUGUCGAGGAAACGUGUGAAUGGAGAUGAAAAUGAAUUGGACGAUUUUGAAACUAAAAAGUCAAAAAACGACGAUAUUUUCGUAAAGCCUAAGGCACUGAAAGCAAUUAACUUUGAUAAUGUUAAGGCAAGUGAUAUGAAUUCGACUUUUGAUAUGGAUAUUCAGCCUUUGAAGAAUCUGCCUGGUCCCAGCAGAAAUAGAGUUCCAACAACAUCAACAUCAGCAAGUUUGAAAGCUAUUAAGCAAUCAAAGCCAGCCCCAAAAUACGCACUGUCCAUAAACAAGGAGAAUACAAAGAAAUUCAGUCCAACAAAUCGCAUCAAAAAACUGCCGAGAACUCCAAACCGGCUUGCCGGAAGUAAAGCACCAGCAUCUCUGGCGCACCGUCCAAUGCUUGUAAAAUCAGCAGUUUCAUCAUCCCUUACGACUAGUUCUGAUAAAUUUAAGGCAACUAGAAAAUAGCUCUGAUCACAUUUUUUUUUAAUUUGAGAAUAUCUCUCUACAAAGUAUUUAGUUUUAAAUUAUGCAUAAAGUUUUAAUCAUGCGAUAUAUAUAUAUAUUUUGGAAAAAGACUUAUAUUAAAAAAUAUCGGAAAUAAUAUAUUUUACUGCCUAGAAAUUUACAGAAAACUAAUUAUUAGCAUUCUAAUGCGAUACUCACAUAUUUGCGGAUACUAAAA